GAGUUCCAGCCUCCGAUCAUCACCGCUAGCAACUAAACUAGCAGAAUUACAACGUGGAGUCGAUUAAAAGGUGCGCAAAUGUGUUGAGGAUGUGCGAACAUGCGCUUCGCGUGCGCUACCAACGUGUUGAUGCGGCCUGUGGCAUAAAGCUAAUCGCAUAGUUGCGUCUGCCAGGCUGUCCACGUUGCUGUGUUGCUUUCCAACUACGGCUGUAACGUGAGGUGGAGGAUUCCUCACCUACUACAAUCUCUACUGAUAAUCAAAAUUCGGAUAUCUGUAGAAUUCUUUUAGAUACGUUACAUGCUGCACCGCCGCAGCCCUGACAGCAUUCCGGAUGGCCAUAAUGACGCAGAAGAAGGAUGAUCACUUCAAGGGACUUGUGGUGACCUGGUUGCUGGGUCUCACUUUCCUUUUCCCGUGGAAUUCGAUACUUACCAUUGGCGAUUACUAUUACGCCUUGUUUCCUGACUACCAUCCAUCCCGAGUGUUCACUCUGCUCUACCAGCUUCUAUCGCUCAUUGCUACCCUCAUCUUCACUUGGUACGAGGCAAAUGUCAGCACCCGAUUGCGAGUCCUGUUCGGCUAUGGCCCAUACGCCAUCCUGUUGCUACUCUUCAUAAUAAUAGAUGUUUCAACUUCAGGCCAUGGCGGCAUUGGACCGUAUGUGGGUGUGUGCGUUCUCGUUGCUGGGAUCGGAAUUGCCGAUGGCGUUGCGCAAGGUGCAAUCGUUGGUGACCUUUCGUUCAUGGACCCAACCUACAUUCAAGCAUACUCAGCUGGGCUUGCCAUGUCUGGACUCGUGACAUCUGGUAUGCGGUUCAUCACGAAAGCGGCGUUCCGAGACUCGCAGUCCGGUCUUAGAAAAGGCGCUUUGACGUUUUUCGCCAUUGCGACCUUCGUAGAGGUGGCGGGCUUCGUCUUAUACGCGUUUGUGUUCCCAAAACUCAACACCAUCAAGGGAUACCGCAUCUCGGCGAAAAACCAGGGCGCGCGAACCGUCAAAGACGAUCUCGAUGCAGCAGGGCUGGAAGCUGAUCGCGACGGCGAGCCUGGCAAGCCGCCGACGCGACUGACAGUGCGGCAGCUGGGAGUACGCAUCUGGGACUAUCUGAUCGGCCAGAUCAUCCUCUACAUGGUGUCGCUGAGCAUAUUUCCGGGGUUUCUGUAUGAAGACACGGGCACCCACGAUCUCGGAAGCUGGUAUGCGCUGGUGCUAGUGGCGAUCUACAACGGGGGGGACUUCGCGGGGCGGUACGUGCCGCUGUGGCGAGGGCUCAGUGACCGCGUGGUGCCGUCGCGAGUGGCGCUGCUGACGUUGAGCGCGGCGCGCGUGGCGUUCGUGCCGUUCUUCUAUGUGACGGCGAAGCGAGGGGACGCGGGGUGGAUGAUGGCGCUGUGCGCCCUACUGGGCCUCACCGGGGGCUGGCUCUCCGUCCUCGGUUUCAUGCGCGCCCCGCGCGGCUUCUCUGGCCCCGAGCAGAAUGCCAUCGGUAACCUCAUGAUCCUUGCUCUCAUCUUCGGCCUUACGUUAGGUGUUUUAUCAGGUUGGCUUUGGCUGAUUGGCAAAGGGUGGUAGUUUAAUUAUUUCCUUGUUGCAACAAACUUACCAUUACACUGUUCAACCCACGUGCAAUGUAGUUUGAUUAGAUGUGUUCAUAAUAACCUAAUCUUGUGUAAAAUAAAUGGUUGUCUUACUCCUCUUUGUUUUCUUUUCUCUUUUGAACCUUUCAUAUUACAUGUAAAGGUAUUUUGAAAAAUUAUAAUAUUCAAAUUCAUUUGAUUAUCUAUAAUUUUUUUUAGCCAUUGGAAAUCAUUGUAUAAAAUAGCUUGGGUUUAAGACAAAGAGACAAAAAAACCCUCUUAUUGGCCGUGAAGAAGAGAAUUGAAGGAGCAUGGAGAAUGCUGGAGUACAUGAGUACAUGAAUAUGGGGCUUUUCAAGACCCGUGGUCUAGAAGAGACCUCUCUUAGAAGCUAUGUUAAAUUAUAUAUAUCUCAUGUUGAUUUUUGGAACUAAAUUUAUUAUGUAUAAUGAUCUUUGUUUA